CUGUUAUCCUCAGACAGUGCAAGGAGGAUAUCCUCAAUGUCCACCAUGGAUGGAACAAUGCAAAACCUCUUAUACACAGUCCUGUUGUCCACCUGUUUGUGGUCCUGCUGUAGCCCCAUCUUUUGGGUGGUAUGGACAAGGACCUAACUGGGGGUAUGGAUGGAACUUUGGUCCUUGGUUUAGUGGUACUGGAUGGACUGGUGGCAGUGGACAGUUUGGUGGUAGUGGACAGACUGGUGGCAGUGGACAGACUGGUGGUAGUGGUCAAAUUGAUGGUAGUGGACAGACUGGUGGAAGUGGACAGACUGGUGGAAGUGGAAUCUUUGGUGGUAGUGGACAGACCAGUGGCAGUGGAAUGUUUGGUGGUAGUGGACAGACCAGUGGCAGUGGACAGACUGGUGGAAGUGGAAUGUUUGGUGGUAGUGGACAGACCAGUGGCAGUGGAAUCUUUGGUGGUAGUGGACAGAGCGGUGGCAGUGGACAGACUGGUGGAAGUGGAAUGUUUGGUGGUAGUGGACAGACCAGUGGCAGUGGAAUCUUUGGUGGUAGUGGACAGAGCGGUGGCAGUGGACAGACUGGUGGAAGUGGAAUGUUUGGUGGUAGUGGACAGACCAGUGGCAGUGGAAUCUUUGGUGGUAGUGGACAGACUGGUGGCAAUGGACAGACUGGUGGCAGUGGAAUCUUUGGUGGUAGUGGAUGGGCUGGUGGUAGUGGACACUUUGGUGGUAGUGGACAGUUCGGUGGCAGUGGACCGACUGGUGGUAGUGGAUACUUUAGUGGUUAUAGGCAGACUGGUAGCGUUGGCCCCUUUGGUGGCAUUGGCCCCUUUGGUGGUGUUGGCCUCUUUGGUGGCAUUGGCCCCUUUGGUGGCUUUGGAUACUAUGGUGGCUGUGGACAGACCGGUGGCAGUGGAUACUUUGGAGGCAGUGGACAAACUGGUGGCAGUGGACAGAUUGGAGGUAGUGGACAAACUGGUGGCAGUGGACAGAUUGGUGGCAGUGGACAAACUGGUGGCAGUGGACAGACUGGGGGCAGUGGACAAACUGGUGGCAGUGGACAGAGUGGUGGCAGUGGACAGACUGGGGGUAGCGGACAAACUGGUGGCAGCAGACAGACUGGUGAAAGUGAACAGACUCGUGACAAUGGAAAGAUUGGAGGCAGUGAAGAGACCAGUGGCAGUGGAAAGACUGGAGGCAGUGAAGAGACCGGUGGCAGUGGAAAGCUCAGUGGCCAUGACCAGCGUGGUGGCAGCGGUCCUGCUGGUGAAAUUAAACAGGAAGAUAAACCAAAAUACAAGCACAAGCACCAGCUCGGCCACAAGCACACCAAGUGUCACAAGAAGGGGACGGAGUGCAGCGGGUCCUCCAGCAGCCCCUGCUCCAGUGACUCUGAUGUAUGAGGACUCCUCAACAGAAGAAGAAAGAGGAGGAGGAAGUUACAACCCAGAAUUCUUCAUCCUUGACUCAAGAAUCACAUCACACAAUCACACAAUAGAUUUUGAGUUUUCACUGACUGUACGGCUUUGAAUAAAAUACUUGUGUAAUAAAUGAA